AUCCCGCACGAUAACCAUGUCGCUCCUCCGCCCCGCCGUGCUGCGCCAGAGCACCCGCAACUUCACGACGCAAUCCGCACUAUGCUACGCACGAAUCACGCGGGACCGGAAUCCCAACCGCGGCGUGUCGCCAAUCCACCGGCGCCCCCAGAAGGAGCCGCUCGGUGCUCAGAAAUACGGUAUUCCGAAGCCCGUCGAUGCCGCCGAACACACCAAGGUCGAGACCGAUGAGAACCACGGCUUGUGGGGCUUCUUCAGAGAGGAUAGAACGGCGCUGCCAACGCCCGAGGAUGAUCACAAAUAUGGUCGCCAUUGGACCGUCGAAGAACUCAGACAGAAAUCGUGGGAAGACCUUCAUAAGCUGUGGUGGGCGUGUGUCAAGGAGCGCAACAUCAUCGAGACCCAAGCGGCGGAGCGGACACGACUGAAGCCUGGUUACGGAGACUUCGAGGCGAAGGAAAGGAAGCGGACUGUCAGGUGGACCCAGCGCGGAAUCAAACAUGUGCUCACCGAGCGGUACUACUCGUGGCAGGAGGCAAAGCAGCUGGCAAAGGACGAUCCCGAGAUUGUAAUCAGUGACAAGGGCGUCAUUUACACUCCUGGAUCGGCACUCGAGGAGACAGAGGAGGUCGAGGUGAAUGUUCAGGAGCCAUUGGUAGUAGAGGCGGCGCCGGAGCCCAAGGCAGAGGAGAAGAAGCCCUUAACUGUGUAGACUAGACGAGGGUGUAGACAUAUGCGGAGGAUCGGGAUGUGUCAAUUGUCUGUCUGCGAUCUGUGUAUUAUACCGCCGCUUCAAAGCGAGAGCGAUCAAAGGCGCAUCCGAGCGAGUGCUUUUCAUGGAAAUAAAC